AUGGGUCUCGCAGGGCCGAAGAAUCGCACAAAAAUCUCGGCCGACCCGAAUAACACUCACUGGAGCAAGUCGACCGACCGCUUCGGCCACAAGAUCCUGCUCAAGCAGGGCUGGACCCCGGGAUCUUUCCUUGGUGCCAAAGAUGCAAAGCACGCCUCUCACUACACGGCCGCCAACGCGUCUCAUAUCCGAGUCGCUGUGAAGGAUGAUACGCUCGGUCUGGGCGCGAAGCGAGGAAAGGCGGAAAACGAGACGUUCGGCUUGAGCGCCUUUCAGGGUCUGCUCGGCAGGCUGAACGGCAAGAGCGAUGGAGAGCUCAAGAAGGAGGAGUCGGCUCAGCGGGAUCUGAAACUCCAAGUCUACACCAACCAGCGCUGGGGUGGCAUCCGCUUCGUCAGCGGCGGUCUCCUGGUUGGUGACAAGAUCGAGAAGCUCGUCAAUAAGGACAGCACCGCGCCUGCAGAGUCCGCGAAGCGAACCGUUGCCGAAGUGGAGAACCCAAGUCCUGAUGCAGCCAAAAAGAAGCGCAAACGAUCGGAGGAUGACAAGAGCGAGUCGCUGAACGGGAGGAAGAGGAAAUCAGACCUCAAGAAGGACCCGGAUCAGAGCAGCCAGGACGACAACGAAGGAGAAAAAAUCAAGUCGAAAAAGUCCAAGAAAUCCAACGGCGACAGACCUUCAACUGACAAUGCUUCGGCUGAGGAGAAGGAGGAUGAGGAAAAGCUCGAUAAAAAGGCACGGAGGGAGGCCAAGAAGGCACGCAAACUCGAACGAUUGGCCAAGAAGGAAGCGAAGGAGUCGAAGAGUGCAGAUAAGGAGAAGCAGAAGCAGAAGAAGGAUAAGAAGACCGCGCCAAGCAAGGACAGCUCAUCUUCGGAAGACGAAUUCACUCCCUCAGCGAAUACCUCGGCCCCAGCGUCCGGAACGAGCACACCAACUGCGGGCUUUGCUGGAGGUCGUCUCGCUGUUCGACAACGGUAUAUUGCCCAGAAGAAAAAGGCGUCGAUGGACCCGCAGGCGCUGAGGGAGAUUUUCAUGAUCAAGUCGGAGGCAUAG